AUGAGUCUUGCUCAGUUGCCGAGGCUUGCUCAUCCUCAGGUUGGACACUUCCUUCACAGCGAACACGGAACUCAGGCCUCGCCUUGCUGCGGAACAAGCUCCUUCAAACCUCUCUGCCAUCCGCGUCAUUGGGACCCGAUUCAUUCAAUUGGGUCACUGAUGGUUCCUCUGGGUCAUUCUCAACUAAGAAGACAUGGGAGCAAUUGA